AUGCCUCUCGGGCAGAGGGUUGGUGAUAAGAGCGACUCAAGGUACUGUGGCGUUGAGACCGACUUUGACGAUGACAUGCCUCAGGUUCUGUCUCACAACCUGUCCAGCGGGUUCGACUUCGUCGUUGCUACUCUGGUGGGUAUUCACUCCACUCUAUGUCCUUGAUUGCAGAAAGCUUCAUUAUACUUUUUGACCCAUUAGUUGCCGGCAUGUGUCGGAUUGGCUUUUUGUUGAUCGGAGGUACUUCGCUCUUUAACCUUGUUGCAACCCCGUCCUCUAGUUGCCUAACCGGAGAAAGAAGUUACUCAGACAUUUAUUGCGAAGAUGCUACGGAGAUUCUCGACCUCUUAUCCCGGCGAGUUCCUGAAAGUGGCAAGAAACCAUUGAGUGAUGCUCUCCGGUUUUCUUCUAGUUUGGAAAUGUAUUAUCGCGCAUCCAAUUUCUGUUAUGAUUCAUGAAAUGACAAAACACUAACUGUCUUCUGGUUGUUUAGACUUGACAUAAGCAUAAAUUACGACUUGCAUAAAUCUACUAUUUUUUAUUUUCUUACUUUGUAAAAUCCGGUACCGAGAUAGUUCAUGUGGACUCAAUUCUUUCUGUGGUUGGAAAAAUUUCCAUGUGAAGCCUAUUUUUAUAUUUUAAGUAUGUAACAUUUUAUCAAAUCGCCAUAAAUUUAUAGCGUGCCUGGCCUUGAUGCCGCAUUGAAAAUGGGUAGUUUUUCCCACCUGCCUGGGCUUUUGAUGGCGGGUAGUAGAUCGUUGGUUCAAUGCUUCUCCAAGGUUUACGGGGCCCCAGGCUCAUUGAAAAAAAAAGGCCUUAUUAAUUCAGUUGGUGUCCACUUGGCCACCUGGAAAGUAUUCAUUUUCUACAUGGAUAUCCUUGGCGUGAAUGUUCAAUAGGCUUAUCUAUCGGACUGCUAGUACAGCAUUUCAGUGAUCCAGUGUUCCCAAUGGAAUUUAAUUGUGGUUUCUUUAAGUGUCGGCCCUCACAUCUGAGUGACACCUGUACAUAUAAAGGAUCAAGUUACAAGAGUGUCUUUGAUGGUGGUUUACAUUUAGACUGCUACAUCCAGUGUCUUGCAAAAGGGGGUAUUCGUGUUAUAGCAACUACCUGGUGUCACAAAUGAGUAUCCGGAGGAUAAAAAACUAAAACUUGUCAGCUUUAGCCUUCUUGGUAAUUUUGACCGUUUCAGUUUGAAAACUAUAUCUGUCUCAAAAUCUGUUGAUAAGCUUUAAAUAAUUCGAAAAUGGCCUCAUAGCUUUUUCUUCUUUAGUUUCCCUCAGAAAAUUAUAUUAGGAACUUCAAUGCCUAUAGUUGAUCCGCAGACUGAACCAGAACAAGUAUUGACCAUGUCUCAUACUGAUUUCAGUUUUUUCAAAGACAUGUAUGGAACAGUUUUGAAGCUUCAUUUUUCAUGUUUAGUUUUGAGUUUUAUUUAUAAAUUUCCCUAAACAGAUCAGCGAUUCACAAUGUGUAUGGGUUUUGUUCUUUUUCAUGCAGCUAGAUCCGGAAUAUAGACCUAGUUUGGUGAAAAAAGACAACAAUGGAAGUGCAGUUCUUCCAUUUGCGGCAUCAGACUUGGUCAUUACACCCUCCCAGUGGAGUAGUCAUGUUGUUGGUGUGUAAUUGCGUUUAACUAUCAAACUUGCUUGACAUGUCAUCUUAAAAUCGUCACACUUUUUCUGAAAAUGGUAUCUUAAGAUUAUCAUUCAUGUGCCUGAUGCAUUCAAGCGGAUACAAGUGAAAUAGAAUAUGAAAGUUAAAUUUCUUAAAAAUAUGUGCUAUUUGACGGUAAUAAUAGGGCAUUAAAAAGACUGCCUUUUCUGUAGUCAGUAUUUUUUGUUGGUUUAACUUUUUGAACUGAAAUCUCUUCAUUUAAAACCCGAGAGAUCAUGUCGAAAAAUUUUAAUAUUAUAUUAUGGCAUUAAAGGUUUCAAAUUGCAUGGUGAUCAUAAAAAAAAUUCGCAUGUGCUAAAAUAUUAAAAUGUGCAUUGACAUAAAAAAUCAUCUGGAGUGCUAAAAUAUUAAAAUAUUAAUUUUUUUGUUGACAUUCUUUUGCUCAUUACGGAACCACCUAUACCCGAAUUUUUUAGACCCAGACCAGUGUAAGCGUUUUACUAAGUAAUUAUAACAGGUUCUAUUGACUGGUUUUUUAUGUCAGUGUCAUUUUCAUCUCCUAUUUUUAUUUUCUCUAUUUUAUAUGAAAGUUCUCCAUCAUGAACCAUCACUCGCUGGCAAUUCCUCAAGUAUGUAUCUUCCGGUUACACUGGCUAACCAUCCAAGGGAUGGAUGGUUAAGCUUUUUCGUUACCCAGUCAUUGUCUUCCAGUGGUACUGUUUCUAACAUGAUUUAACAUGCAGGGAAAAUCAGCUCAUGGAUUGACUUAGAUUCAGUAAAUGAUAAGCUGCGGAUAGACUCUGAAAUCACGUUGAAGCAAGAAAUUGCCUGGGCAUGCCAUCUCUCCUUACAGGUAGUGUUCAACCUCAUUGGAUGAAGUUUCUUAUUUUCGACUUUAUCAUGUGAUAAUGACUCAGUUCUUGUUGCUUUUAUUUUAUUUUGGAUGCGAGCCUAUAACAUGUAGAGUAAUUUUUGUACAGUCAUUGAAAAGGUGAUCUACACAUGGGGGGGUAACUAAUAUGCCAUAUGCCAUAAGAUAAGAUGGGAACAUAUAUCGUGUUGUUUGAUGAUCCUCAACAAUUGUUAAGAGUACGGUUAGUACAGUUGCAGCUACUGGAGAAUUUUGCAACGCCUAUUAAAACCCAAAUGGUAGUUAUUGAGACUGAUCUUGAGGAGUGAACUAUAUCGACAAAGCUUUCUCUUGACUUUUUCUUUUUAUAGUGAAAGAGGUGGAGGGAAAUGAGGGCUGAUGGACAAGAAUCAGGACGGCGAGAUAUAAUCAGAGAAACUAAGUGUUAACUGUUUGGGGGUGUUUCCUAUUGACAGUGAGAUUUACUUGUCUCCAAUAAUGGAUAUGCAUUUGUGUGGGCAGAGUGGAACGGUUUGUGAUUCUGUACUUAGGACACCCUCCCAACAAAGAUGCCUGUUCGGGAUGCAUUUGGCCCUCCUGUCAUUGUUGUAUUUCUAUUAUUGGUUUUAUGUUGAAAUUCAAUUUCAAAAAAUUUCAGGCAUGUGUCCUCCCUUUUCCAAAAAGUGCCUCUUGCGGUAAUUAUGCUAGAUGUGUGAAUCAGAUCCUUCAGGGGCUCAGCAAUAUGCAGGUGCGCGGUGACCAAAUUGCUAUUACUUUUGUGGCUCUUGUAAUUACUGGUCUCUUACUGUUCCUUUCAUGUAAAGCUCUGGCUUAGGGUGCCAUUGGAAAAGUCUGAGGUGAUGGAGGAUGACAUGAAAGACAGCAUAGUGAGUUUACCUGAACACUUCGUUAAAUAUCCAAAAUGCAUCUCGUUAUAGUCUCAUAGGCUUUGUCAUUGCGUAAUUAAUGAUAUAUUAUCCAAAAAUAAUAUCUUAAUCAAUAAACCUGAUAGUCCCAUUUCCAAUGAAAUAAUACAAAACAUAAUCUCUCCUGCUAUGCUUUUUUGCUUAAGUUUCUAAUGAAGUAACUAAUCACCUGUUCCUGGAGUCUUUGCUCCCCUCUGUAGAAUCCAGAAAUGUUUGACUCUUGGGAGUGGUGGAAUUCAUUUCGUCUACUUUGUGAGCAUCACUCUCAGUUGUCAGUAGCGCUUGAUAUAUUGUAAGUCAAUAAAGUCUGACUUUUUGCUUCUUAUUUCCUUAAUGAACAUUUUUUCCUAGUGCGAUAUCUGGUCCAUACUAUUUGCAAUUGAAGACCAAUUCUUAUUUUUCAGGCCGUCACUACCGUCUAUCAGCUCUCUGGGACGAUGGUUUGGUGAGCCCGUUAGAGCUGCCUUCCUUCACACUAAGGUAGGUAUUUGUCACUGCUUUUGGACUUUUACUUCGAUUAUUUCGCAUCAUGAAUUUGAUUUGACGUUUUUGCAUUGGUAGUCAUUUCUAACAAAUGCACGUGGAUAUCCGUGUCUAUCUAAGAGGCAUCAAAAGUUAGUGGCUGGAUUUUUUGAUCAUUCUGUGCAGGUAAUUCUUAUUUUUCUUCCUUAUUUUCGAGUUCUUACAUCAAAUAGUCUUUGUUAAUUCUGUUGAUCUUCUAAAUUUGGCAGUUUUAGUAGAAAAAAAAGGUUGUUACCAAGUCUUGUUUCAAAUGAUUGUUUGAGAAUGACUCAUCCCUUCUUUUUCAGAUAAUACUUUCUGGAACUUCAAAACAUAAUAUUUCUCCUGGUAGUCUGCCACAAACCAAAGAGGCUGAUAAUAAUGGUUCCAUUGCUGGUAUGGAUUUUCAAGCAUGGACAAGGAUUAAAACUGCGUUAUGUUUUGUGAAAUUUGAACUAGCUUUUCAAGGAUUUUGAGGUCCUGGUCUAUGCUUUGAUUUUAUGCCCAAUCCAUCCUAGAUGUUUCCCGGAUUGAAUCUUUGGAUUGGUUGCCUUAAAGGUUGUGAUUUAGGCUUUCGUUUUUAUGCCAUUCCAUUUGUGAGUGAUUUCAUCUGACUUGGUUUGUCUUGAUUCUUUUGUUGUUUAGCCAUUCCUAGGCAUCAGUUGCGGCCUUACCUUGAUUAUGUUGCAUAUCUAUACCAGAGAAUGGAUCCACUUCCUGAACAGGAUCGUAUUGAGGUAACUCUACUUUGAGUGUGUUGUUUUUGCCUGGCUGUCAUAUUGAGCUGUUGGAUUAUCGUCUUUGUUUUAUUUUAACUUCUUCCUAUUUUUAUCCCAGCAUGGCUACAGGGAUUUUCUUCAGUCCCCGUUGCAGGUAAACAUGUUUAAUUUUCUUGGAAUUAUUUAUUUUGCUUUUGUUUCUCUGCUGUUAUCAUUAUUCUCGUGCUUAUAACACUCAUAUUGGUAAUUGUUACUUUGAUGCAGCCUUUGAUGGAUAACUUGGAGGCCCAAACCUAUGAGACUUUUGAGAAAGACACAGUGAAGUAUACCCAGGUUUUAUCUGCCCUGAAUUAAUUUUUUUUACAAAGUUUAUAUUUUUGCCAUAAGAAAGUCAACGUCACGGUCUUCAUGAUCAUGAUGUUGGCAUUCCUUUUAUCUGCUUGUGUCUUGAAAUUUUAUUUUGGAUUCUGCCGGCUUUAGUUGGGAGAAGUUCCAAUCCAUCAAUAGAAAACUCAUCUGUAACACUGACCCACCACCAAACAUUUUUAAAAACUUGGUUGUUGUGCAAUAAAAGAAAAAUGCCCAAUAUUUUACAGUUCUUCCGUGUUCUUUAAAUUGUGGAGACCAUGGGUAUUUUAGACGAUUUGGAUUUUCACUAUUUUACAUCGCAUCUAAUGUCUAAGUACUAUGAUAUUUUGGACUUGUGCAUGUAAUCACAGGUCUUGAUGCACACAGUGAAGUGUGACUUGAAUUUGGAAUGUGUCUGAUACUUUCGUCUGUGUAUGCAUAGAAUGCUAAUUUGAUCAUGGUUAAUAUGAAAAACUCAUAAGGUUGUUGUGCUUGUCAGAUGCUAAAAAAAAAUGAUGAUUGAGGCAUUUAAUUUUGAUAGACAUUCAAUUAAGCUUUUCAUGUCAUUGAAUGCUAUUUUUAUCUUGUUGAGAGUUGCCCUUAUUUAUAUGGAUCUAUAGUUCUCAACUUGAAGAUUGGAUAGGGUGCUACCACUGUAUUCCUUUUUAUUAUUAUUAUGUUAUCAAUGCACGCGUUUAACUGAACAUAUAUAAACUUUGCAGUACCAAAGGGCUGUGUGUAAAGCUUUGGUUGAUAGGAUCCCAGAUGAAAAUGCUUCAACAACAACAGUUGUAGGCAGCCUCACACCUCUCUUCAAGUUUUAUUGGUGAAAUAUUGGUAGCGACAAAAAACUGUUUACAGAGACAUUGACCUGUGAUGUGUUAACGACUUGGGUUUUUUUCCUUUUUCAAUUAUCAGUUGACUUUUCGUUUCCAAUUUUCGAUUAGGUACUAAUGGUUGUUGGAGCUGGACGCGGGCCUCUAGUGAGGGCAUCAUUGCAGGUUUUCGCUUGUUUCUUGUUCCAUCUCAGCCUAUGAUGGCGCCUUCAGUGUGGACUAUUUGGGUGUUGGUUUAUUGGCCUUUAAUUUUAUCACGCGAGUACUUUGUUGUUGUCAAUUGAUUUGCCUGUUACCCUGGAAAAAGUGUGAUGGUCUGUCUGGUGAAGUCUAUACUCUGACGUUUAUAUGGUUGCCUAUGGUGUUCAGUGUGUAUAAUUUUGAAGGAUGCACGGUAAGAUUGAACACCACCUAUAUACUCUCUAAUAUCAUCUGUUCUUGUUAUCAUAUGAGGAUCUUCAUGGCCAGUUCUUGGAUGAUUGAUUCUGUCUUGGUGUUAUUGAUGUUAAGAGACGUUGGUAGAGGCUUCCGACUGUUUGUGUAAUUAUUUUACUAUAUAUAUUAGUUUGUUUUUCUUCUCUUUAUCCACACUUGGAUUCACUAUUUAGCCUGUACUUUCAAGAUUAAGAAUGCUUUGCCAGUAAUUCGGCUAAUGCACGCAUUCACACAUAUACAUAGGUGCGUACAUACAUGCACAAUAAAGAAAAAGUUUGUUGUUACUAUGAACUUGAUUCAAGAAAAUAUCCUUCCUUUGCUCUUUCCAACAUUAAAAUACAAUUCGAAAUAUAAAUACCUUAUUUCAGCGAGCUCUUAAACAAAAGGACGAUGCAGAAUCAUUUUGAUAUUUGGUGUUUUCCAUCUCUAAUUUCCUGUGUGACUAAUUUCAGGCAGCUGAGGAGACGGGCCGCAAAUUAAAAGUAUAUGCUGUUGAGAAAAAUCCAAAUGCUGUUGUGACAUUGCAUGUGAGAAUCUCCUCCUUUUAAUUUCUUCUAGUUCAUCCCAUUUAAAUUUAAAAGUUCUGUGAACAAAUUAUAAGUUGUGUUUUUGGAACUUUGGCCUCGUCCAUUCCAUAUUUCCUGUAAGACUGAAGGUGAAGUAAAAAAAAAUGCUGGAUGAUUGCUAUACUCCUUUUGGAGCAUGUUUUGCUUAUGCUCGCCUUUUACUCGUUUUUAUUGAAGUGACGAAACAAUAAAUAGGCGUUACCUCGAUCUGAGGUUAUUUGAGGAUGACAUAUUGGAGACACCGAUCAAUAGAAAUUAAAAAAAUUGCAGAAAAGUUGAAAGUUCGAAGGAAAUACCCAUGUUCUAAUCUUGAUGUAAGAUACAAGUACACAUAGUAAUCACUACUUAACUUGGAUGGAAAGCUAAAUUAUUGAAUGUUAACUGUGCACGUAUAAUUAACCAAGACAGAGUCAACUGAUAAGUUUAGCACUGAAAUGGUUUGGAAAGGAAACAAAUUUCUGAUGAAUCUUCCACCAUACUUUUUUUCUUCAUGGAAUUCUCCCCAAGGCUUUGAGGUAUAAACGAAUGAUUUGUUUGAACAGUUCACUCCUUCACAAUUCAUGUCCAGUAUUGGUGUUUAACCGGAGCUUCUAAACAAGGCUCGGCUGGUGUUUCUUAGCAAAUUUUCUGAAUGUACAAUAACGUGGAUAGAAAAGAUAUCACUAUAAUUUAGUGUAUGUGCCCAGAAGAGUACCGUAAUGAAUUCCCUGACUGUUUCUGUGUGGAAUUCAACAAAAAAAAUAGAUCAAAUCCAAUACAUCAUUUUUACGGAUUUUAGUAAUGAAUUUUUUUUUGAAAAAUAGUUUAGGAGUUUUAUUUGUGCGAGCUCUUUCCAUUUAAACUCAACAUUUGACUCUAACGUGGAUUGACUCUGAAAAAUCAAUAUGAAUUGUAUCUAAGGUUCUGGUCGUAGAAAAAAAAUUCUUCAAUUUUAAAUUCCAAUGGAUUUAUUUGCCUCUAAUGCAUCCAUUACAAUCAGCCUGAUGAGAUAUAAAUGGUAAGGUGUGAGCAAUAUUUAAUUUUUUAAAUAUAGCUAUAGCAUUAAUAAUAACAUGUCCUAACCUUCUAUUCCAGAAAGCAAGAUUUAGAGUACGUGAUCUAAUGGUAUGAACAUUACAUCCCCGUGUCUUGCGACUCCUAAGCAUUGCAUCCCGUGCAAGAAAGUCCACUUCCUUUUUCCAAUUUUCCGUCACUGUUAUUGGUCCGUUGGACCCAUAUAUGAGGAGCAUUCUUCGCUAGACAUAUGAAAUCGUGAUUCAUCCUUUCUACUUUUUGUAGAGUUUAAUCAAGCUUGAGGGCUGGGAGAAGCUUGUUACUGUAGUUUCUUGUGAUAUGCGUUGUUGGGAGGCCCCUGAGAAAGCUGAUAUUCUGGUAAAUCGUCUGUGAAGUUUGAUGCUUAUUUUGUUGUCUAGUGUUGUUUGUAGUUUAUUUACGGAUAUACGAUGAUUUCUCGUUUCGUGGUUAGGUGAGCGAGUUACUGGGCUCUUUUGGUGAUAACGAGCUUUCCCCAGAGUGCCUUGAUGGGGCUCAAAGAUUUUUGAAGGAGGAUGGCAUUUCGAUUCCAUCAUCGUAUGCCCUUUUACAUUACCAGCUGUUUUCGGUUUUACUGAAUAUUCUUCUGUGGAUGUGUUUUUCGGUUUGACGGCGAUCCUUACGUGGCCAAUGGUUUCUCCAGCUAUACAAGCUUUGUGCAACCAGUGUCAACUUCGAAGCUGUACAAUGAUGUGAGCAUCCCUGAUCUUCAAAGUGGAUUUACUCUUACAGCUGGUUAAUCGCACCUCUGAUGAUGCGUUUGUUUUGAUUUGUCCACGUUGGGAACUGAAAACAGGUGAAGUCACAUAAGGACCUUGCACAUUUUGAAACAGCAUACGUCGUCAAGCUACAUAGAGUGGCAAGACUUGCCCCUACACAAGCUGUGAGACUUCUCUUUCCUCUCCGUGCCAUUCUAGAGCGCUCAUAAAUAAGACGGGUCUUCCCUCCUGAUAAAUGGCCAUCAAAAGAAUCGCCCCCGCGUGAUUGAUUGUAUCUCAUUACAGCCUGUGUCAUCUUUCUUAUUCGUCAUAUCUGGCUCCUUCUCAGGUAUUCACUUUUGCUCAUCCGAAUUACUCCUGCGAGAGCAACGACAGGUACAAGAAGUUGUGUUUUGAGAUACCUCCAGAGACUGGCUCCGCCAUGGUGCAUGGUAUGUUACCCGCCCACCGCCUCACAUCUCAGCCAUGGUGCCUAUCAUCUGUAACAUUCUUCAUUCGCGUCUUGUCCGGUGUUCAAAUCCUCCUUCCCGCAUCGUCAUUGUUAUCAUCAUCAUCAUCGUGUGGAAACGGAGAUGAUUAGGCGCGUGUUGUUCGUAAAUGGAUUGGAGAACUGGGUCUUAUGUUCUUCUCAUUCGGGGUGCUCCAGGAUUCGCCGGCUACUUCGACGCCACUCUGUACAAGGACGUCCAUCUCGGCAUCGAACCCAACACGGCGACGCCGAACAUGUUCAGCUGGUACGUCCAUAUCUUCCCACCCCGCCGGCCAGGCUGCCGUCUGCCCGUCCGCCGGCUGUGGCGAUCAUCUCUAACCCUACUGGUUUGUGUGAUGGUGGUGAUGCGGUGCCACAGGUUCCCCAUCUUCUUCCCGCUGCGGACGCCUGUGACGGUGGCGCCGGGGAGCCCCGUGGAGGUCCACUUCUGGAGAUGUCACGGCGGUGCCAAGGUAUCAUCCAUUAUCGUGAUAUUUGUUCAUCUCGAACGCCCCUCCCAGCCUCUCUCUCUCUCUCCCCCUCUCUCUCUCUCUCUCUCCCGGCUUUGCUGGUGACCUCCCCUCCGCCCGUCCUUGGCAGGUGUGGUACGAAUGGUGUGUGACAUCCCCCAGUGCCUCGCCCAUACACAACAGCGGCGGGCGGUCCUACUGGGUCGGCCUCUGA